AUGUACGUACCUAUGAUCGACUGGUCCGGGGUCACUAGCGUGCCGCGCAUUGCGGCGCACCACCAAGCCCGCCAAGCCCCAGCCCUGACCUCACUUGGGACCAUCGCGGGCAUGCGCAGCAGAAGCUUCGUAACCCUCUACCACUCUCCUUCCAACCACGCUUCUUCCACCACCUUGAACUCUCCAGUCUCCCACACUCAAUCCACCAUGUUCCGCGCACAACAGAACGCCUUCGACGAGCUUGUCGUCAAGGCCACGGAUGAGAACCUGACGAGCGAGAACUGGGAAUACAUACUGGACGUAUGCGAUAAAGUCGCCUCAAGAGACGAUGGGGCAAAAGAGGCCGUUGCGGCCAUGAUUAAGCGUCUGGCGCAUCGGAACGCCAAUGUUCAGCUCUACACACUCGAGCUCGCAAAUGCCUUGUCGCAGAACUGCGGCGGCAAAAUGCACAAGGAGCUCGCCUCACGAAGCUUUACAGACGCGCUGCUACGGCUCGCUGCAGACAGAAACACGCACCAGCAGGUCAAGGCUAAGAUCAUCGAGCGCAUGAGCGAGUGGACGACAAUGUUUGCAAGGGACCCAGAUCUGGGGAUAAUGGAGCAGGCAUACAUGAAACUCAAGACGCAGAACCCGAACCUACGCCCACCCUCGAAGCCGCAGAAGACACAAAUCACGCAGGCGGACCGGCAGAAGGAGGAAGAGGAGCUUCAAAUGGCGCUAGCACUCUCAAUCAAGGACAAAUCGACCCCAGCGAAAGCCGCCGCUACAACAUCCAGCCAGCCUCAAGCCACCGCCGGCGCCUCACAACAGCCCGCAGAACCACAACCCUCCGCCGGCACAACAGCGGCCACCGUGUCCCGCGUGCGUGCGCUCUUCGACUUCCAACCCUCCGAGCCCGGCGAGCUGCAGUUCCGUAAAGGCGACAUAAUCGCAGUCCUGGAAUCGGUGUACAAGGACUGGUGGAAGGGGUCGUUGCGGGGCCAGACGGGCAUCUUCCCGUUGAACUAUGUGGAGAAGCUUCAAGAUCCGACAAAGGAGGAGCUGGAGCGGGAGGCGCAGAUGGAGGCGGAGGUGUUUGGGGAAAUCAGGAACGUGGAAAAGCUGCUUGCGCUGCUGAGCACGAGUGAAAGGGCCGGCGCUGUGGACGUCAGAGACAAUGAAGAGAUCACGACGUUAUAUCACUCCACGCUGGCGAUACGACCCAAGCUCAUAGAGCUGAUUGGGAAGUAUUCGCAGAAGAAAGAUGACUUCACACAGCUCAACGAGAAGUUCAUCAAAGCUCGACGCGAUUACGAAGCUCUACUUGAAGCAUCCAUGUCCCAACCGCCCCCGUCGCACGCCUAUAUGCGCCCAGGCUUCGGUUAUGGCGCACCAGGCCCGCACGGCCCCUCAUAUCCAGGUGCCUAUCCCCCUCAAGGACCGCAUGCGCAGGCUCCGCCGGCGCAAGACCCUCAAAACUUCUACCCACCUGCACCUCAAGAACCUCAGUACCCUCCACAGAGCGGCCCGCAACCUUUCUACAUGGUCCCACCCGGCCAAGGCAGGCCAGCGCAAACGAUGUCGCCAAAGCCGACAGGAAGCGCAGGCCCAUACGCGCGAAUGGGCGGAGCUAGUGUGAGGCCGCCGUCAGCAGCAUAUGCGCCCACACAGGAGCUCGCAGCGGGGCAAUACAGCCCUACCGAAAACAGACAAUCUUUCGUGGGUCCAUCUGGGCCGCCGCAAACUUCACAGCAACAACAAUACGACACCUACCCACCGCAGAAAGGUCCGCUACAACAACCUCACAUGCAGGGCCAACAACAGCAACAACCUCCCUACCCUCCGCAGCAGCAGCAGCAACCUCCACCCCAAGGCCAACCACCCUACGACUCCCCCGCAUCGCUCUACUCUCAACAGCCGUCCGCCGUAAUCCAAGACCCGUACCCGCCGCAACCUGAUCAGGUGCCCUACGGCAUGCUACCCCCACAGCCCUCGCACCAGCCGCCGGGCAGCCCACCUCCGCCGCAGGGAGGCGUCUACCAGGCGUAUAACCCGCAGGCGCAGGGCCAGAGGUGGCCGUCGGGUGCGAGCGCACCGCCUGUGGGGGGAGUUGGCGGAGGGGGAAGGGGGGAGGACGUGGAUGGGUUUUAUCGGUAG